CGCUCGUCGACUACUACGAUGUUUCCUCCGAGACAACAAUUGCCAGAGGGCGAUGCCGCGAUACGUGCGACCGACAGCGACGCCGCGGUUGCACGGCUGUCGGCGGUGCACAAAGGAUAUCUCACGGAUCCGUUCAUCUCGUCCUUCGUCUCUCGACCGCACCUCCAACAACCUCGGCCACCCCUCAUCAACAUCGGAACGUACGUGCGAUCGGAGGCGUUGGACGAGCUCGUCAAUGGGUGGCUGGCGCUAUCAGAGCAGGAGGGGACGCAGUGUCAGAUCGUGAGCAUGGGUGCAGGCAGCGAUACGCGUUUCUGGAGGAUCGCGACAGGGCCACACAAGGAUACCGUGGCCAAGUACGUCGAGGUCGACUUUGCGGAGAACACGACCAAGAAGGCCAUGGCGAUACGCAAGAGCAAGGAGCUCAGUGCCGUCCUAGGCAUGCCGGAGGACGUCUCGUUAGCGAAUGGAGGUGCUGCGCUGCACUCGCCCGUGUAUCAUCUCCUUGCCGCGGACUUACGCACCCCACCUGCCGAGUCUCUUGUCCCUCUUCUGACCGCUGAGCCCCAACCCCUCCUAUCCCCUUCCGUGCCCACCCUCUUGCUCUUCGAAUGCGUGCUCGCAUACAUGAGCCCAGCUGCGGGCAACGCCCUCCUGCGGUGGUUCACCGACUACUUCUCCGCUCCCGGUGCGGUGCUCGGAUGCAUCGUCUACGAGAUGUUCGCCCUGGAGGACCCCUUCGGGAAGGUCAUGGUAAACAAUCUGAGGGCCCGGAACGUCACGCUGCCUGGUGCUCAAGCCUACCCCAGCUUUGCCUCCCUGGCCAACCGCUUCCUGCAGCACGGCUGGGAGAUUUCUCGGGCAGUAACGUUGAAGGACAUCCGGAGGGAGUUGAUCGAACCCUCCGAGCUACAACGAAUAUCCCAGCUGGAGAUGUUGGACGAGAUCGAAGAGCUUGAGUUGGUCCUUGCCCAUUACGCGAUCACUUGGGGCGCGAAGCUGCCUCCUAAUGCUGUGGCGUUGAAAGCUAAGUGGUCGGAAUGGAGUCUCAGGCGAAAAGUGAGCGACGAGUGAGCGUAGGAACAUAGGUAGAUUAUCCAACAUGUAUGAUACUGUGGCCGCGUUGAGCGAGGUUACUUGCUGAGUAUCGUGACACGCACCUGACGCAUCAAUCCCUCGGGCGGGUCACCGUAUGGGUCUGCUCAGAAGCUCCUGAUGCACGUUGAAAUAACGCGCAACCUGCCCGACCUCCUUGCACGUCCCGAGGCCAUUCUCGUCCCAGCUGACGAUCCACCUCCCCAGCAAGUCCCCGUCCUUCGUCCUCGUCUCCGCGAUUGUCUCCUUUCGCGGGAUCAGCCCCUGGGCCCGCGCGCUCGUGACCUCCGCGUCGGGCAGCUUGAACGCCUCUGCGAGCUCCCAUGUUGCGAACGGCCUGCUGGUCGGGACAAGGAACGCGGUAUCGAACACCGUCGUCACCCGUUUAUGCAGCCCCAGCGUGAGCGUCGUCAUCUCUAUCGCGCGCCCCGCAACCGCACCCGCUGGCUCCUCCUUGCCUGCGCCCUCGGAUGGGAGACGGCGGAGGGUGGUGACGUACGGCCGGCCGCACCAGGCGACGAGGAAAGUCGAGACGCCCGAGGUGGCCAUCGCGAUGCCGGCGAGGGCGAAGCGGCCGGCGACGGGCACCGAAGAUGUCGUCUCCAGGACGAAGAUGAAGGGCGUAAGCGCGAAGGUGAGCGUGAGGGAGGAGAGGGAGAGGAUUUUGAGCCGGCGGAAGGUCGUCGUCAGUGGGCCGUGGUACUCUUCAUCUUCUGGUAGGUCGUUAGCGGUGGCGGGGUGCUCUUCCGGGGGAGCUUUUGGUGCGUCAGAGAUUUGCGAGGCGGUGGGAGGUGUCCUGCUCUCCGUCGUAACUACUGUCCGUCGUCGCGCGAAGAACGAGAUGAGAUUGCUGCGCGGCAAGGGGCCG